UUGUCCCAGUUACUUUAAUAACGGCCUCAGCAUGGGACACUCACGGUCAGCUAACGUUAGCGAGCUAGUUUAGCCACAUGCUAAUACGGUUAGCUAAUAGCUAAUCACUAGAGCUGCAGCUUAAUGUAUUAAACCAGUACAGUUAAUGUAUUAAACCAGAACAACUCCGCAGGGAACCGACCAGAUACAUUAGCUGGGUUCAUUAGCUGAGUGUGUGUGGUAACAUGAAGGAAUCCUCCAGUCUGGAGAAUAUUUAACGUGUAAGGGCAUGCUAAUGUUUGCUAGCAACCAUUAGCAUCGCAACGCUGCCUACUGAUUAGCUACAGCUAGCAAUGCUAGCAAUCAUUAGCAUCGCAACGCUGCCUGAUUAGCUACAGCUAGCAAUGCUAGCAAUCAUUAGCAUCGCAACGCUGCCUGAUUAGCUACAGCUAGCAAUGCUAGCAAUCAUUAGCAUCGCAACGCUGCCUGAUUAGCUACAGCUAGCAAUGCUAGCACCAGCUUGGGACGGGACUAGUGGAGAGAACACCAUGAAGGACCUGACAGCAGCUUCAGGAUAAUAUCUUCUAUUCAGAGAGUCCAGAUGAGUGCUUUGUAGAAAAACGUGGGGCUGCGUGUCCGAGUGCUGCACUGAUGCUUUGAGCACAAUUUGUAGCCAUGCAGCAGGUACUGGACAACCUGAAAGACCUGCCAACAGGCUCAGGAGCCAAAGAUAUUGACCUCAUCUUCCUCAGAGGCAUCAUGGAGAGCCCCAUCGUCCGCUCCCUUGCCAAGGCCCAUGAGCGUCUUGAGGAAGUUAAGUUAAAAGCUGUGCGGGAUGAUAACGUUCAGCUGGUCACAGAGAUUCUGGAUUCCCUCAACAACCUGCCAGAAAAAGAUGCUGCCACUGCUGAGCUUGUCAGGAUCCUCCAGGAGCCGCACUUUAAGUCUUUGAUAGAGGCUCAUGACAAAGUGGCUACAAAGUGCUAUGAAAUGCCCCACACUGCGGUGAACAGCAAUGCCUUGUUUACCAGUACGCUCAUGCCAGCUGAUGCUGUGAGGAUGAUCGGCAUCCAGAAGAAAGCCGGGGAGCCGCUGGGGGUAACGUUCCGUGUGGAGCGCGGAGAUAUGGUGAUCGCGCGGAUCCUGCACGGCAGCUCGAUUGACAGGCAGGGCAUGCUGCACACAGGGGACAUAAUCCGCGAGGUGAACGGUCGGGAGGUCGGCAGGAACCCCCAUGAACUCCAGGAGCUGCUGGGAGACUGCAGUGGGACCAUCACACUGAAGGUCCUGCCCAGUUACAGAGACACACCGUCACCUCCACAGGUUUUUCUGAAGCCCCACUUCAACUAUAAUCCGGCCACAGACAACUUGAUCCCCUGUAAAGAGGCAGGCCUGGCCUUUUCCAAGGGAGACAUUCUUCAUGUAGUAAACAAGGAGGACCCCAACUGGUGGCAGGCAUGCAAAGUUGUUGGUGGAGCCACUGGUCUCAUCCCCAGCCAGUUCUUGGAGGAGAAGAGGAAAGCUUUUGUGAGACGAGACUGGGAUACUUCGGGUACAGGGAUGCUCUGUGGAACUGCAAAGAAAAAGAAGAAAAAAAUGAUGUACCUCACUUCGAAGAAUGCAGAAUUUGACCGUUACGAGCUGCAGAUUUACGAGGAAGUAGCCAAGAUGCCGCCUUUUCAGAGGAAAACGCUCAUUCUGAUUGGAGCCCAGGGAGUUGGGAGGCGGAGCCUGAAGAAUCGACUCAUUGUUGUGAACCCUCUGCGAUAUGGAACCACCGUACCCUUCACAUCUCGCCGUGCGAGGGAGGAGGAGCGAGACGGCCAGAACUACUGCUUUGUGACGCGGGAACAGAUGGAGAAGGACAUCAAGGACAGCCGUUACCUGGAGCACGGAGAAUACGACGCCAACCUCUACGGCACCAAGAUCGACUCCAUCCAUGAAGUGGUGGACGCAGGCCGCACCUGCAUCCUCGACGUCAACCCUCAGGCCCUAAAAGUGUUGAAGACUGCUGAGUUUAUGCCAUUUGUGGUGUUUAUUGCUGCUCCUGAACUGGACACACUAAGAGCUAUGCACAAAGCUGUGGUAGAUGCUGGACUUACUACCAAAUUACUCACGGAAAACGAUUUGAAGAAGACUGUGGACGAGAGUGCCAGGAUCCGCCGGGCAUACAGCCACUACUUUGACCUGACUAUUGUCAAUGACAAUCUGGACAAGGCCUUUGACAAACUGCAGGAGGAGGUAGAGAGAUUAUUCAUCGAGCCGCAGUGGGUUCCAGUCAGCUGGGUCUACUGAUGUCCUACUGUCCCAGCUGCUAGGCUUUGGGACGAAGGGACACCUGAAGGGACAGAGGACUCAACACUGUUCUGCUACAUGGACAGAGUUGGACAUCGACCUGUGUGAAUAUGGGUCUCGCACAAAGCUGCAUCAGAGUCACUUUGAUCUGAAUUGCCAGACUCCUUUCAAGGACACUAUGCAACUCACAACACACAGGAAGUGUACUUAUUUAUUGGCAAAAUAUUUUUUAAAGAAUCAUUAUUAUCCAUGCGGAUUGGAAAAAAUACUGGCCCUUGUGUCAGGAUGUUUUAAAAGCAAUUGCAAUUUUUGUCAUGUCCUGUUUAAAUUCUACAUCUAUAUGUGAGAUUAAGUGUAUUUAUUCUGCAGAAAUGAGAAGAGCUUGCUUAUUGGAGAGAACGAUACCUCAGUGUUACAGUUUACAGUGCAUAUGCCUCCAGUACUUCAUCUCGUCAUUCAUGUAGAAUAGUGUCAUAUUUUUGAGACCUUUUCCUCUACAAGGCCACGUUGUUGCUCUGCUGUAUUUGCAUUUCAAACUGUUACAAAAUGGAAAAUGUCUUGCCAGUCACCGCUUGAUGUUGUACAGAAGGAAAAGUAAUAUUGUAGUGUUUACCCCUUAUUUCUUUUUCACUCAAGCACAACAGAUUACAUUAAUUAUGUUGAUUGUUUGUCAUAGAUUUGGAUCAUGUAAGUAAUUCUGACUGUUAGGCCCGUUGAUAUGGUGCUCUCUUUGUGUUUGAAAGAAAGACUUUCCACAGGACUCUAACAGGGUACUGCAUCUCAGAGAACCAUCCCUUUUGAUGUGAUAUUACUAAAACUUAACUGUUUUAAAUAAAGUUCAUAUUUACUUAAUAA